GCUGUGGAGGACGUGGGGCUCUGUCCAUGCUGACAGGACCCGCUGUGCAGGAUGUGGGGCCGCCUGCACGCCAACAGGAGCCCGGCCUCCUCAGGACCCCUGGCGCGAGAAGAAGUUCUAACCAGGUUGUGGGCGGCACUGUGGGAAACUGGGAUUCCGAAUCCCACUGCCUCUGCUGCGCCGGAUUGGAGGCCGAUUAAUCCUCCCAUGAGUCUCCUGCUAAUGUGGGACCUCCUGCAAGGGCGAGUGGCCUGUCCACGGUGGGUGACCUGGAUCCGGGAGGGCUCCGCCUCCAUUCCAAAGUCUGACCUCGUCUCUGCUUCUGGACGUGGUGCCCACGUGUCCGUUUGGAAGAGCCAUCGCCUCUGCGGUGAUUUCGGAUCUGCAGUAACUUGUCACAGAAGCAGAAAUGCGCUUUAUCUCCACACGCAGACCCCCCAGCUGUCGCUUCCUUACCACGUUUGCCACUUCACAUGGGCUACUUCUGUGUGUUUUACCCCAAACAGAGACACUGUCCCGCAGAACCACCAUGUAACCCCAAGUGAGGAAAUGAUGACGGCUUCCACAUUUGAACCCAGACCACAGGCCCACUUCAGCUGUCACCCCCUUCCACGCUGUCUGAGAUGUCUUCGCCAUUCUGAUCUAGUUUUCUUUUUCUGGAACUGCUCCCAAGACUUUCCCUUGUUUGCACAAUGCUUAUGGAUUUAAGGAUCACAGAGGGCUCCAGUCUGAGUUGUAUUUCUGUAUGGUUUAUGUCACUUGGGCUGUUUUCAGUGUCCAACCACAUCAUGACAGGCAUCAGCCUUUCGUUUUUUUCAUGGUGACUAAACGUAAUAACAUUGACCAUUUCAAACAUUUCAGGUACACAGUUCUCCAGCCUUAGCUCAAUUCCCAUGACUGUACAUCAUUCUCCAAACUUUUUUCAUUCUCCCGGAGGGAGACUGUAUGCAUGAAACACUAGCUCCCCCUUUCCCCUCCCUCUCGGCCUCAGCAGCCACAUCCAAUUUUGUGUCUUUGGACACCUCAUACAAGUGGAAUCGUAUAGUGUUUGUCCUUCUGUGAAAACCAGCAUCCUGUCCUUUUCCUGAUUUCAGAGUAGAGCUGGCAAUCUUCAGACUUGAGCAUGGUGUUUGCCAUAGAUUAAAAAAAAUUACCCCUUAUUCCUGCUUUCAUGAAUGUUUAUAUCAGCAAUGGACAUUGGAUUUUGGUUAGAACUUUUUCUGCAUCAAUAUGACCACAUGUUUUUACUUGAAAAUUUAUUGUGGUGGAUGAUAACAUUCCUUGGUCUCACUCUAUUGAACAACGUUUGAGAUGUUUGUGAAGAGACGCUUAUGGUGUACAAUGUAUUUAAGAGCUCUUGGUUUUGGGGCGCCUGGGUGGCUCAGUGG